GAGUGCCCUUCUCCCUGCUUCGCUGUUAAAUUAUCUCGCUUCACGGAAACUACAUAGCGUGCUGCGUGCAGCCAACUUUCCAACCAGAAGAACGACAAAAGCUGUUCACCUUAUGUUUGGAAUGUGUUGUAGACUGUUUUUGAGCUUCAAUAAUCCUUUUAUCGCUACACACACGGUCACCCAGGUAGGGGAUCAGAACCACAGAUGACCUAAAAGACUUCCAUGCUGAAAAGACUGAUAAGGGCUUUGAGAGGAAAUCUCCAUGGGCACCCCCUCGUCCCUCACUUCCACAUCUGAGAGCCUGCCGUUGACCAGCUCAUGCUCUAGGUGCUGGAGGGAUCGGGGUCAGUGGAUAUGAUCUGUGGAGACCUGUAACUCUUGGAAGAAAUAAGUUUAGGGGGAAAGAUAUAAAUUGUGACGUCUGCUGGAGGAGGAAGGAACAUAGUCACCAGACCAAGCAGCUGACCUUUUGUUGACGUUUUUCUUGUCUGACUUGAAAGCUGAGUGCAUACAGUCAGGUGGAGCACAGGCAGUGAUCAUCGGUCCCAUAGGAGAAACCAGCUUGCAAAGAGGAAUGGAGUCCCAACAGGAAAUGGCAGCAAGUCUUUUGAAGACAUCAUCUAUGUCUCUAAGGACAAAAUUGCUCCAUCAGACGGGAUUGUCACUUUAUAAUACAUCUCAUGGCUUCCAUGAGGAGGAAGUAAAAAAAAAACUUCAGCAGUUUCCUGGCGGAUCCAUUGACCUUCAGAAGGAAGACAAUGGCAUUGGCAUCCUUACUCUGAACAAUCCCAGUAAAAGGAAUGCCUUCUCAGGUGUUAUGAUGCUACAACUUUUGGAAAAAGUGACUGAAUUGGAAAAUUGGACAGAGGGGAAAGGUCUCAUUGUUCGUGGGGCAAAAAAUACAUUCUCCUCAGGAUCUGAUCUGAAUGCUGUGAAAGCCCUAGGAACUCCAGAGGAUGGAGUGGCCUUAUGUAUGUUCAUGCAAAACACCUUAACAAGAUUGAUGAGACUUCCUUUGAUAAGUGUUGCACUGGUUCAAGGUUGGGCAUUGGGUGGAGGAGCAGAGGUUACUACGGCAUGUGAUUUCAGAUUAAUGACGAGAGAGAGUGAGAUCAGAUUUGUUCACAAGGAGAUGGGUAUAAUACCAAGCUGGGGCGGGGCUACCCGACUGGCUGACAUUAUUGGCAGUAAACAGGCUCUCAAAGUGUUAAGUGGGGCCCUCAAACUGGAUUCAAAACUAGCUUUAAACCUAGGAAUGGUCGAUGAGGUCUUGCAGUCUUCAGAUGAAACAGAGUGUCUAAAAGAGGCACAAGAAUGGCUGAAUCAGUUCAUCAAAGGGCCACCGGAAGUGAUCAGAGCUUUGAAAAAAACUGUUUCUUCAGGCAAAGAGCUUUGUUUCCAGGAGGCGUUGCAGACCGAAAGAGAUCUUGUAGGAACACUUUGGGGUGGGCCGGCAAAUUUGGAGGCUAUUGCUAGGAGAGGAAAAUUCUGUAAAUAGUUGCUUUUAAAUAGGUGUACUACAACUCCAAUUUAAUGUGUAGAAAAGUUAAAUAUUAAACAUGUCAGUUACUUUGAAGGGUA